AUGAAAUCCAAUAGGAAACUAACUGGUAUAUUCAUAUUCGUAUUUCUUUCAAUUGUCACCAUUUUCAGUUACAGAGCCCUUGCCCCUAUUAUCACCGCCAGAAACGUAUCCACCAUGUCAGGUUUACAAAGCUACAUCAUUACCUUGAAGGAAAGCUGUCCAGAUUCCGAAGCUAAUUCGAUCAAGUCCAAAAUCAGUGAAUUGGGCGGUAAGGUCACCAACGAAUUCACCUUGAUCAAGGCAUUCUCUGUUGAAUUGCCAGCCGUCCAUAUUGAAUCCUUGCCACAAGAAUUCACAGGAAUUGCUACUGUUGAAGAAGAUAAGGAGGUCAAGAUCCAGAAUUAG